AUGCGCGAUCCGUUUACUUUACGAGGUCACCUUCUGAUUGCUGACGUUCCUAUCAACGUGCGUAAGAUUCCAAAUCUAGCGUGCGAUGUAGGUCUCACGCAGUUUGGACCAGCGGAGAUGAAAGCGCUCAUGCAUCCGGAAUUCAAGACCACAGUCCUGAAAGACUGGUUCGAUUUUGUUUUAGUGAAGGGAACAGCCGGCGCUGUGACCAUCUGCCAGAAUGGCUUUUGCUGCUUCCUACAAUACGAUAAAGCGAAAACGUACGACGUGUUUGCAUUCGGCGUGUUCCACGGAAUACACAAAUCGUAUGGUCAGAUGUACGAGCAGAUAUGCCUGCUUACCAAAUGCAGGGAUUAUAACGCCCAGUCGUGCGGCUACCCCGUUCUUCAUUCCUCUACGAAGUUCAAGUCGUUCCGUAUCACAGGCAACUUUACCACUCCAUUUAUACAUCCACAGAUUGUAGUGGCCGAUCCAAAACUUAAUCUGGGACUGCCCGCUCCUGGGAGUUUCCUGUACGGUCCCGGCGGCCUUCAGGGCACUUCCGUUGAGCGACCCCUGCUCCAUGCCGCACUUAUUGGCCGCCUUUAUCAUAAGGAUUGCAUUAACUGUAUUGGCGUCUAA